AUGCAGCAGCUUGAGAGACAAGUUAUUGAUGCUGAGCGUCAAGCAGAAAAGGCUUUUCAACAGGUAGGAUAUUAUUUUAUUGACAAAAUUGUUUUCUGCCUCUACCAGUGUAAACAUUGUUUUGCCCAAAACAGUCUCCUGAAAGUAGUCUUCAGCCCUCCUGUUCAUCGUAUCAUGUUGACUACCAGUGAGCUUAUGUUUCAACUAAACAAACUGCUAAUGUUAUUUCAGAAACACAUAAGGAUUCAAGAAGCUAAAGUAAUAGAAGAGAAAGCAGCUAAGAUCAAAGAAUGGGUAACAGUUAAGUUGAAUGAGCUGGAAUUGGAGAAUCAGAAUCUGCGUUUGAUCAACCAAAACCAAACUGAAGAAAUAAGAACAAUACAGUCAAAACUGCAAGAAGUUCAAGGGAAGAAGUUGUCUGCUGUCUCUACGCCAAAGCUUUCAGAAGGCCAGCGCCUGAGCAGUUUGACCUUUGGGUGCUUUUUAUCCCGAGCAAGGAGCCCUCCUCAAGUAGUAAAAUCGGAAGAAACAAGCAAGAUACCAUCUAAAGAACCCGAGUUCACUGAAGGAAAAGACAUAGAAGAAGGCUUUUUAAAAGAAAUUAUUUUGUUUUCUGUUUCAGAUUCUGUUGCAAUGCUUUCCUGUACCACAUCAGGACUUUAUACGUCUCUGAUAUACAAGAACAUGACAACCCCAGUAUACACAACCUUGAAGGGGAAGGCGACCCAGAUAAGCAGCAGCCCGUUCCUGGAUGACUCCUCUGGGUCCGAGGAGGAAGAUAGUUCCAGAUCCAGCUCCCGGACUUCGGAGUCAGACUCCCGCAGUCGGAGUGGGCCAGGCAGCCCCAGGGCCAUGAAACGAGGUGUGUCUCUCUCUUCUGUGGCUUCUGAAAGUGAUUAUGCUAUUCCCCCAGAUGCUUACUGCACAGACACAGAGUACUCGCAGCCAGAGCAGAAGCUCCCUAAAACUUGCUCGUCUUCCAGUGAUAAUGGGAAAAAUGAACCACUGGAAAAAUCUGGCUAUUUAUUAAAAAUGAGUGGUAAAGUCAAGACUUGGAAACGGAGAUGGUUUGUUCUUAAAGGUGGUGAAUUACUUUACUACAAAUCUCCGAGUGAUGUAAUUAGAAAGCCCCAGGGCCAUAUUGAACUUAGUGCGUCCUGCAGUAUUUUAAGAGGAGAUAACAAACAAACAGUUCAGUUGACCACUGAAAAACACACAUACUAUCUGACUGCAGAUUCUCCCAAUAUAUUGGAGGAAUGGAUUAAAGUGUUGCAGAAUGUUCUUCGAGUACAAGCUGCCAACCCACUUUUCCUGCAGCCUGAGGGGAAACCAACAGUAAAGGGAUUGCUCACCAAGGUGGGAACUUUACAUGCCUACUAUAUUUAUCAAUUUUUUCAUUUAAUUCAGACCUGCCAGCUUUUUAUAAAUGCAGCAGUUGACUCUCCUGCAAUUGAUUACCACAUAUCUCUAGCCCAGAGUGCUUUGCAGAUCUGUCUGACACAUCCUGAGCUACAGAAUGAAAUUUGCUGUCAGCUCAUUAAACAGACAAGACGGAGACAGCCGCAGAAUCAACCAGGGCCACUGCAGGGCUGGCAGCUCUUGGCGCUCUGUGUUGGGCUCUUCCUUCCCCAUCAUCCUUUCUUGUGGCUCCUCAGGCUCCACCUGAAAAGGAACGCUGAUUCCAGGACAGAAUUUGGAAAAUAUGCCAUUUACUGCCAGCGAUGUGUAGAAAGGACGCAACAGAAUGGAGACCGAGAAGCAAGACCCUCAAGGAUGGAAAUCCUUUCAACUCUUCUUCGAAACCCGUAUCAUCACUCUUUGCCCUUCAGCAUCCCCGUACACUUCAUGAAUGGGAUAUAUCAGGUCGUUGGAUUUGAUGCAUCCACCACAGUGGAAGAAUUUUUGAAUACUUUGAACCAGGAUACAGGGAUGAGGAAGCCAGCACAGUCUGGAUUUGCAUUGUUCACAGAUGAUCCUUCUGGCAGGGAUUUAGAGCAUUGUCUUCAAGGAAAUAUCAAGAUUUGUGACAUUAUUUCUAAGUGGGAACAGGCUUCCAAAGAACAGCAGCCUGGGAAAUGGGAAGGUACAAGAACUGUGCGUCUCACGUAUAAAAACAGAUUGUAUUUCUCAAUGCAAGCUCGUGGAGAGACUGAUAGAGAAAAGUUGCUGUUAAUGUAUCAGACAAACGAUCAAAUAAUAAAUGGACUUUUUCCUCUGAACAGGGACCUGGCGUUAGAAAUGGCAGCUCUUUUAGCUCAGGUGGAAAUUGGAGAUUUUGAGAGACCUUUUUCAACUCCAGCAGGGCAUGUUAAUAAUCAGUGCAAAACAAAUCAAACUCUAAAACAAGUCAUAGAGAAAUUUUAUCCUAAAAGGUAUAGAGAUGACUCUUCUGAAGAACAGUUAAGGCAGCUUUGCCGGCGCCUGUCAACCAGAUGGAUGGCCCUCCGGGGACACAGUGCUGCUGACUGUGUGCGAAUUUAUUUGACAGUAGCCAGGAAGUGGCCAUUCUUUGGUGCCAAGUUGUUUCUUGCAAGAGUAAGAAAGAAUGAUUGGUAUUCAGUUCAUGUGUAACAUAUUUCCAUUUUCUUCUCUUUGAAGAGGUUAAUAGUCAGCUAUGUGUACAAGAGUCUAAUGACCUUUGGAGGUUAUCAAGAUGAUUUUAUGAUAGUCAUUAACAAUACGCAUUCAAAGGACAAACCAACAGAGAAAUUACUUUUUGCCAUGGCAAAACCCAAAAUUCUUGAAAUCACUCUGUUGAUCGCCAGCUACAUAAACAACUUCUAUCAGCAAAAGGCAGUUCACCAUCUCUCUGCUCCAGCGCUGCUCUCAGCUCGGACCCGGGGUCCCCAAGCCAGGGUGAUGGGAAGCCAGCCCCUUCUGUCAAGCAGCAGACCAACCAAAGGCCCCACUUUACUCUGAAAGUCAGGGGUCUGAGCAUCCACUCCUUUUCCUCCAAGCAAUGGCUGCGUCAUCUCCAAAUAAGUUCAUUUACAUCUGGCAGCAGGGCACCCAGACAGUAGUAUUCCAUUCUUUAAAAAUAAUGGGGGUUACUACUUUAUUUGAUUCAUAAAUAUUCAAACGAAUGCUAUUCAUGAAACAUAAACACAAAAUUUUCCCACAUACUGAUUUUCUCUUAGAUUAAUUAAUUGGGUUAGCAUUCAUCAUUUUUUCCAUCGCCUUCUCUGUUGCCAUCAGAUGCAUCAUGCCAUAUGGCUUUUUUCUCUUUUUUAAAAAAAUAAGCUAACAAUCUUUAGAAAGGGAGAUUCAAGGGAGUUUUGCCAAACUCUCAUUUGGCAAACCAGUUGAUGAUUUGGAAAUGCUCACUGCCAAAAAAUUAAGUACUGUAAUUAAGUGGGCUUUUAAUUAAUGAAACAGUAUUUAGAAAGAAGUAGAGUAUGCGAUGUAAGAAACACCUGCAGGGUGGUGUUGAAGGGUAAAUUUUAAAGCAAGAACAGUAAGUCUUCUGGCUCUAUGAAGCAUUGUGUGAGAAAACAGGAGGUAGGUAACCAGAACCCCUGUGUGGUAUUAGAAAGUGUACCCUGUCACCUUUUCAGAUCACUGGAGUGUAAAACUUAAAACAAGACCGUGAUUCCUGACAUUCUUUGGCUGUCAGCAUAACCCAAGUUCACUGGAAUAUUGCCCACAUUUCAUUACAUGGGUGCUGGGUCAUCUUGACCUUGCUUUAUUAAAUAAUAAUAUCUUUGAAAACAAAGACAACUCUUAAAGCUUUGCGUUAUAAAGUCCUUUCUAAUUAUAGUUUUAAAAUAAAUUCCCAAAAAUAUUUUUUAAAAGAAAAGAGAAAGGAACUCUUCUGUCAAAAGAGGUACAUUUUAGUUAAUACAAUCUAGAAAUGUAUUACUUUACUAAGUUACAUAAGUGGUCAGUACAUUCCAGUAUGUGUCAAAAUUAGGUACUUAUUGUUCAUGAUAAAAAUGAAACUGUGAUAAGACAUGAAAAUUAUAUUGUAAAAAUGUUUAAUUAUAGAGGUAAUCAUGAGUAUACUUAAUUUUAUUUAUGUGUAGAAUAUUUUAUAUUUAUAUUUUGGACAUAUAUUUAUCAUUUUGUGUGUGCUAUUUUUUAACCAAUUUGGAAAAAAAAGUUAGCUGCUGAAUUAAUUUGUUGGCAGAGCCUUCAUGUUUUCUCUUUUGCUGCUUUCUCCGUAUGGCAGUGUCCUGUUCUCACACCAAGCCUUUUUAAAAUGUUCCAUCCAAUGUUAGCAUCCUUAGAAAGGACAGAGCCAAGAAAUACACUGAUCAAGUAAAAUUUUGCUUUUUGGUCAUGACAAAGGUCAAAACCCCCAUAGAAAUAGAUUUCCUUUUACUAUUUCCCCUAAAUCUUUUGAGCCCCAACCAUCACUGUGUAAGCAAAUUAAUUUUUGAGAAUCAGCUGGCUACCAGUUUGGUGACUCUCAGGAGUCUUUUGGCUGGGAUACAGUAGAGUUUCUGAGUUCCCAGAAAACCAUUUCAUAAUCAUUGGUUGGUAAGCCAGAGGCUUGGCAGAGUUGUUACAUAUGUGUGAGGACUUUAUUCUCAGGCAGUAGUUAGUUCACCAUCUGGUAAGUGCGCCUCCAAAAUCUUCUAAUUUAACCAAGUAGUGAAGGCUUAGCUGAAACGGUAGUACCCUAGACUUGGCAUUUAUUUUUGAUAGAGAGCAGAGAUAAAAUAUUUUGAUGGAAAGAAAUCAACUUUCUGUAACUGAUGAUGUGAAAAUUUUAUUUUCUGGGAAAUUACUUAUAUAGCCAUUUAAAAAAUUCAAAGUAUGUUAUUAUGAUUGGUUACAAGAGAAUAAUGUUACAUGU